AUGUCUUUUCAUGCAAAGGCUUUAUUUGGAGAAGAAGUUAAGCCAGCCAAGAAACAAGCCCGACGUGAUAACCCAGCAGGCAAAGGAAGUGCAAGCCAGAGAUGGAACCAACUGCAGACCCGCGAAGCUGAAGCAGCUCAGGCCCGGCUUGACUCUCUGAAAACUCAACAUCGGCCUGUUCAAGAGCAAAUUGAUCCUGAACCACCUCUGCAGCCUCAUGAUCUUAACAGUAAUGAUGAUGAAAAUGGUGAAGAUGGUGAUGAAGUUAUCGUUCCACAGGUGUAUGAAGAGCUCCAUCUGGUUGAAGAGGCCAACCUGGCCUCUGGAGAAGGUGAUAAUCUGACAGUGAUACCGGCCAACCAAUCUGACUACUAUUGGGAUGUCAUUCCCCAAAUCUUUAGGGUAUUCAUACCUUGUGCUCAAAAGACUCGACAAUGGGGGGACCAGAAUUUAUGGAAUAUCAACUGGAAUCCUCAGUGCAGAUGUGCUGUUUGGCAGAAGUCUGAGGUUGAAGUGGAUGCUAUAGAUAUCUUAAGCCGUCAGAAUAUCAAACUUCAGAGCUGUCAAUGCACUCCUGAUGUAGUGCGGCUAGUUAUGAAAGGCUCCAUGGGUGGUUCAGCAGAUCGGCCAUGGACUGCAUUCUCAAUCCGUUUACUACGCUUUAAUCACAUACUGUGGAAACAUUGCACAGCUUGUCUUGCUCCCUUUGUUGAGGGGCUGAAUGAGUUCCUUGAUGCCUCAAAUGCUCUUUUUUUGGUACCAGGCACUGAUAAUACUUGUGACUGGCAAAAGAACUUCUCAGCAGCUGUUAAUGUGUAUCGGGAGAUGAUUCGGCUUGAGGAAGAGAUGGUUACAAAAGCUUUGCAUUUAACACCAAUUGAUCAACUUGCAUCAAACUGCCCGCCUUGCUUUGGACCGGUUGUUCCAGGAAAGCGAGCAGAAGAGCCCAACUAUAUCAUAUGCUUAGAUGGUGAUUUCCAGCACAGGCGACACAUGGCUGCAAGUGCUUCUUGGCAAGGUGAGAGCGGACUUUUACCCUCUCUUUUCAUUUCACCAGAGCUUUUCAAGGUUUGGGAGUUGAAAUUGGGGCAACGGGGGCGUAACAAUUGUCAACAGAAACCUGAAGUCAUUGACCCAUGUACCAGCCAGCACACAGCAGCCAAUGAUGUACGAGGUAGACAAACUUGGAAGGGGUUUGAUGAGACAGGUCUGAUGGGUAUGGCAUGCCGCCAUGAUCAUCUGCUUAAGUUGAUCAAUAUUGUACAGACAGGCGAACGUACUAUAUGA